CCUUUAAAUCAGUGACCACCUGCUCUUCUGGCGUCAGCAUCGUCUGCGGGCUGCACGAUGGCGAUCGAUACAGCUAUGAAAUGCUCAAAGUGGGAUAUUUUAGGAAAGCCUCGACACGCAGCGGAACAGAGACACGGUCACUGCGCUGAUUUGCUCGACAAGAUGUAGCCGUCAAGUCCACCUGGGAGAACCUCAUCUGAGACCUGAAUGCCCUGAAUGACCUCAAUACAUUGUUAGCACUAUCCCACCAGCAGGAACGGGAAAUGGAGAUGUUGAAGACCUGAAAUGAUGAAAUAUGAAAGACCGACUGACUGAGGACAACCUAAUACUUCAACAAUAAUCAAACAUGUACACCUUCUUUUGGGCUGAUAUCCCCUGAUAAAAGCUGCUAUGGCUUUUUGUAAUGAAAGCCUGCUGGACGGGUGUGACUUCAUGGAGCCGGACAAUGUAGAGCAAGCAGCAGAAAGUCUCCCAUCGGAAGCUGGGAGUCCUCUCAUAUCAGUCACUCUACGUGUGACUCUUGCAGCCAUAAUGAUCUUCAUGAUCACUAUUGGUUUCCUCGGCAACGCGAUCGUGUGUCUGAUUGUUUACCAGAAACCUGCCAUGCGUUCUGCCAUCAACCUGCUCCUCGCCACGCUGGCUUUCUCGGACAUUAUGCUCUCUCUGCUCUGCAUGCCCUUCACUGCGGUCACUGUGGCUACUGCUGACUGGAGCUUUGGGAGCGGUUUCUGCCGUGCAUCCAUCAUGCUGUACUGGCUGUUUGUCCUGGAGGGUGUGUCCAUCCUCCUCAUAAUCAGUGUGGACCGUUUCCUCAUCAUUGUGCAGCGGCAGGACAAGUUGACCCCACACAGGGCCAAACUGUUGAUUGCAGGUUCAUGGGUGUUGAGCCUGUGUGUAUCCCUGCCAUCUGUGGUCGGUUGGAGGACAAGUGCUGCAGGUAUUGGGGGUGCCUGGGCGCCGCAGUGUGUGCUGGGAUACAGUGAGUCACUGGCAGACCGUGGGUACACAGUACUGUUGGCAGUCGCAGUAUUCUUCGUACCGUUUGCUGUCAUGCUGUACUCCUACAUGUGCAUCCUCAACACGGUGCGCCGCAACACCCUCCGCAUCCACAACCACACCAGUGAGCACUCCUGCCUGCCAGCCCUCAACCAAGUCAGCAAAAUGAGACUUAUUGGGCUGCAGCGGCCCCCUCAGAUCAAGGUGGACAUGAGCUUCAAGACUCGAGCCUUCACUACCAUCCUCAUCCUCUUUGUUGGCUUCUCAGUGUGCUGGUUGCCUCACACAGUGGUGAGCCUGCUGGCCGUUUUCAGCCGGCAGUUCUACUACAGCUCGGUCUUCUAUCCAAUCAGCAUAGGCGCUCUGUGGCUCAGCUACCUAAAGACAGUCUUCAACCCCGUCAUCUACUGCUGGAGGAUCAGGAAGUUCAGAGAGGCCUGUCAAGAAUUCAUUCCUAAGAGCUGCAGACUGUGUCCCAGAGUGCCAGGCAGGAGCCGGAGGAGAGUGAGACCCAGCAACAUCUAUGUGUGCAGUGAGACUCAGUCAGCCGUGUGAAAGAAGGAAGACCAGUUUGGAAGAUGCUCACACCAGCAGCUGUUGACACUGGUAUCAAUUUUUAUUUUUCCUCAUAAUGAGCAAGGGCCACCUUAAAAGAAUAUACUCAUUGGCUUAGCUUGAUGGCCAUUAUGAAAGAUGUUGCCAUUCAAAUAAUUGCAUAUGUUCAUUUCUCUGUUUCACUUAUUCCUUGUGUGUUCCAUGAAUGUUGUUUCAGGCUGUAAACUCCAUUUUCAGUCUUUGAGUAGUAGUGGUGAUAAUAAUUCUAUUGUCAGUCAUGUGAUGAGUUUCACAAAAAAAAAGCAUAUUUGGUACAGUGAUGUUCUCAGAAGAGAGUCUGUAAAGUUUGAGAGUCUGUAAAGUUUGGUGUAGAAACACAAUCUUAUGUGAGUUGAAGCAGUUUGUUAUUUUGAACCACAAAUGUGUCAAAAAAGAAGUGGGUUAGUUAACAUACUGUGAAUGUGUACUUGAAUGUAUUGUCAUUUCAUGAAUGAUGAAACCAGGUAAAUAAAUAUAGUUUUUAAGAGA